GGCAGCCGCCGCGGCAACAGUAGUGGCUGAGUAGCCGAGGAGGUGGAGGGCUGGGAGCACCAUGAACACACAGGUGUCCCCGGGUAGUAAUUAGAGCGCGCUGAAGGCUGAACGACACCUCUGAGUUUUUACCUGUGAACACAAUAGCGCUGAGAGACCAUCCGAAAGCAAAGAGGAAGAACUCGAUCCGUCCCUAAGAGACACCAAAGUUGAAAGUUAGGAGUUUUUAUUUCUCUGUUUGAUUUUUUUUUUUUCCACCAGCGUGUCAUUACUAUGGUCAGAAAGCCUGUAGUGUCCACCAUCUCCAAAGGAAGUUACCUGCAGGGAAGUGUGAACGGGAAGCUGCCUUCCAUGGGCAGCAAGGAGCCACCUGGGCAGGAGAAGGUGGUCCUGAAGAAGAAGAUCACUUUACUGAGGGGCAUCUCCAUUAUCAUUGGCACCAUCAUCGGAGCAGGGAUCUUCAUUUCUCCCAAAGGUGUGCUCCAGAACACGGGCAGCGUGGGCAUGUCUCUGACCGUCUGGACGGUCUGUGGGGUCCUGUCACUGUUUGGAGCCUUGUCCUAUGCUGAACUGGGAACAAGUAUAAAGAAAUCUGGUGGUCAUUACACAUACAUUCUGGAAGUAUUUGGCCCGUUACCAGCUUUCGUACGAGUCUGGGUAGAACUACUCAUCAUACGCCCUGCAGCUACAGCUGUGAUAUCCCUGGCAUUUGGACGCUACAUUCUGGAACCAUUUUUUAUUCAAUGUGAAAUUCCUGAACUUGCAAUCAAGCUCAUUACAGCUGUGGGCAUCACUAUAGUGAUGGUUCUAAAUAGCAUGAGUGUCAGCUGGAGUGCCCGGAUCCAGAUUUUCCUAACCUUUUGCAAGCUCACAGCAAUUCUGAUAAUUAUAGUCCCUGGAGUUAUGCAGCUAAUUAAAGGGCAAACACAGCACUUUAAAGAUGCCUUUUCUGGAAGAGAUGCAAGUCUUAUGGGGUUGCCCCUGGCAUUUUAUUAUGGAAUGUAUGCAUAUGCUGGCUGGUUUUACCUCAAUUUUGUUACUGAAGAAGUAGAAAACCCUGAAAAAAACAUCCCCCUUGCAAUAUGUAUAUCCAUGGCCAUUGUCACCAUUGGUUACGUGCUAACAAACGUGGCCUACUUUACAACCAUUAGUGCAGAAGAGUUGCUGCUUUCAAACGCGGUGGCUGUGACCUUUUCUGAGCGGCUACUGGGAAAUUUCUCAUUAGCGGUUCCGAUCUUUGUUGCCCUCUCCUGCUUCGGUUCCAUGAAUGGUGGUGUGUUUGCUGUCUCCAGGUUAUUCUAUGUUGCGUCUCGAGAGGGUCACCUUCCAGAAAUCCUCUCCAUGAUUCAUGUCCGCAAGCACACUCCUCUGCCAGCUGUUAUUGUUUUGCACCCUUUGACCAUGAUAAUGCUCUUCUCUGGAGACCUCUACGGUCUUUUGAAUUUCCUCAGUUUUGCCAGGUGGCUUUUUAUUGGGCUGGCUGUUGCUGGGCUGAUUUAUCUGCGAUACAAACGCCCAGAUAUGCAUCGUCCUUUCAAGGUCCCACUGUUCAUCCCAGCUUUGUUUUCCUUCACGUGCCUCUUCAUGGUUGCCCUCUCCCUGUACUCGGAUCCAUUCAGUACUGGGAUUGGUUUCGUCAUCACGCUGACUGGGGUCCCUGCCUACUAUCUCUUCAUUAUAUGGGACAAGAAACCCAAGUGGUUUAGAAGAGUGUCAGACAAAAUAACCAGAACAUUACAAAUAAUACUGGAGGUUGUUCCAGAAGAAGAUUGUCAUAAAUUAUGAAUUCAUGCAUUCGUAAUCUCAGCAAUCAGCAGCCAAAACCACAAUAUGGAUCUUUAUUGUAUUUGCUGAAAAUCCAGAGAAUGACAGCUUUGGUGAUGGACUAAAGGAAUCAGUUAUUUCUAUUCAUAUUUUUCAGUAUAUUUACACUAAUUUCUGAGAAAUGUAGCUAUAACUCUGUAGGAAACUAACACGCAAUUGUACCAUGAGUUCAUGGAUUCUCGAGUCUCUGCUCCCUGCCUGUUAGGGUUAGGAGGAAAGACUAAGGGGUGGACAGUUACUUUCAUGAUCCCUCUCUACCGUGUAUUGUGGUUAAGAACCUUUAAAUGUCUCAAUCUUCAAAUUGAAAAUUGAGAUGUUUCCUGUGGACAGGGGUUUUGUAAAUGUAGCUUUACAUACUGUAAGUGUAUAUACUGUGAAAAAGUUUUUAUUCUAAAAAAAAAAAAA